AUGACGCAACGACAGCAACGUCGGCCGGAUACGCCGGCACUUCUCUCCGGUGCUUCAGUAUUAGAACCGACAAGAGGAAAUAUACCGUUACUAGAUCUUAGCGCCGAUUUCGAUUCGAUUUCAAACAAACGGCCAUCACCGAGUUCCAGUGUGGGUGGAGAAGAACAACAUCAGGCGAUAUCAAACAGAGAUGAAGCACCGGACACAACAACAUCAACGAUCACCACCGUGCUCAGCGAAUGGGCUACAAGACUUGGAUUUAAAACACCAUCUCCCAGUCGAACGGCAACCGCGAAACGAAAAAGCCGUGAGUCUCUCUCUCCCUCCGAUUUAAACCGUUCAUCCGACAUCCGACAUAUUGUU